AUCCAGCUGGAAGAUUUCAAUGUAUGGAACCAAUUGGAAAAGGAGGAUUCGGACAAGUAUAUAAGGGGCGAUAUCUAGGAAAGGACAAAGAUCUCGCCAUAAAAGUAGUCAAUGUCAGAAAGAACAAAGAAAACAUUGAACUUGAAGAAAUAAAUCUAUUGUGGAAAUGUAGCGGAGAAACAAACAUUGUCCAGUUGUACGGCGCCAUGCUCCAUGUCACAGAGCCAUCACUGGAUAACAGAUUAUGGUGUGUCAUGGAGCUUUGCGAAGGGGGUUCCAUUAGGGACCUUAUGGACCAGCAAGUUGCCAGGACCCUUCCAGAACACUGGAUACAGUACCUCUGUGGGCAGGUGUUAAAGGGCUUGAAAUACUUGCAUAGCAAAUGUAUAAUGCACCGUGACCUAAAGGCUAUGAAUAUUAUGCUGACAGCCAGGGCGCAGGUUAAGAUAAUUGAUCUCGGCCUGGGCAUACAGUUAAGCAGCAAAGAUGCUAGAUUUAGAGGUACUGCAGGGACUCCAAGAUGGAUGGCCCCUGAAGUAAUUCUCUCUCGCAAAAAAAUAAAAGAAGCAUAUAACACCAAGUGCGACAUAUGGUCUCUGGGAAUUACUGCCAUCGAAAUGGCAGAAGGAAACGCACCAUACAGCAAGGUGCCCAAGGAUCAAGUAAAGGCAAUGAUUGUAAACAAUGACCCUCCGACUCUGAAUGCGGAUGUCUGGUCUAAGGAAUUCCAGAGUUUCAUUGCAUGCUGCCUGACUAAAAAUCAAUUUGAAAGACCAACGGCCAAAGAAUUAUUGAACAGCAAAUUUAUAAAAAAACAGCCCAAGGCAUCUCAGGCACAAAAGGAGAUAGCUGCUCAUAUAAAGAGAAUGAAGAUACUGAAAGAACUACAAAAAAACAUGACAUCUGGUGAAUCUGAAAAUGAGCAGCCACCCAGUAAGCUUUCAAACGUGCAAGAAGAACCAAAAAAUCAAGAACCUGCAGAUCUGCACAAACACUCAGCGGUGCAAGAAAAUGUAAAUGCAAUGGAGCAUCUCAUUGUGCAAGAAAAUCAAGAGCUGCAGUUAAAUCCAGAGCAGAAAGAACACCUGAUUGUGCAGGAACUCCAAAAACUGGAGGCAAAUUCGGACUUGAAGAUAAAAGAAGAAAUACAUGAUAAUACAGCCAAACCUGAUGUGAAACCCAGAGCAACAAGAGCAACCAGUUAUACUGGCCCACACUCAGGAGUAUUCAGAGCCUCAGAUAUACCCAGAGCUGCAAAAUCAAUUUGAACUCCAGGGACACCCAAAGGUGGUGGAAAAUGAAGACGUGUGAGAGUUGAAGACUUGUGCAAAGACCCUGGAGAAAACCCGUUCAAUAACUCCAAUGUAAAUUGGAACUGAAAAGAUGGCGCAUGGAUGCCAUCUUGGAUUUAAUAUCAGAAGCAACAUAAUCUCUAGAGUGCACGAGGAGAGGGAGAGGAGGGCGGACAACGAUACAGUGACAUCCUAUGUAACCUGCGAAUCAUCAGAGGCUGGAAACGUUGGGCAUUGCUAGCGUCACUCUGCAAGCUGGAGGGGUGGAUGGGGAGGCCCAGCUAGCAGUGACGUAACCCAAAUAAAAUGAAACACAGCAAUGCUACCAGGAAAAAACAAUAUAAGUAGUUGCUUUGUGAGGCAUCUACAGGGUGUUGACUUUCAUUGCUAUCUAAUAAAUAUUGACCAUUGAUUUAAUAUCUGUUUUUAUCAUUAAAGGAGAACUUCAUUUUCAUCUUAGAAUGGAUGAACUGUGUGAAGUCCAACAGCCCGAAGAGCACAGACAGAAGCAAGUGAUUGCAGAUGAACUCAAAGACGACAAAGGACAACAGUAACACCAAGUGGAAACACCAACGUGGAUCCUGACUGCUACAAAUACAAACGUUAUUAUUUAUAAAUAUUUUAUAUAGUCUAAUAAAAGUUUGCAGUAAAAUAAGUCA